AUGGAUUUGAAGGGACGGAGUGGUGUGGAAUUCCAAGUUGAGCAACAAGUGGUGGUGAAGGUCUUGAAGCCUCCGGCCGACCUCAAGGACCUUCCAGAACUCAAGAUCCCCAGGGCCACACCCGACACCAUCAUCGGCCUACCAAAUAUUAGCGAUCUCUGCAAGGCUGCCGAACGGUCAAAGAGCCUCUCAGAUUUAAUCACCAUUUCUGCCAGUCGCAACGGUGGAUUUCGACUGGGAAUCACUACUGAGCACGCUCGAGUUGAAACGGAAUGGCGAGGCUUGCCCUGCUUCCACACCCCAUCUAGCCAAGUAGCCCAAGACGGCAAGACUAGCGUGUCUGGGUUAUUACUGUUUAGGAAGAUCAAAUCAUGA